AUGAAACAGAUUUGUAGUAAAGUGAAACCAAAGAAUUUUGAAAAUCUCAAAUCUGUAGGACUUAGAGACUUGAUUAUUACGUAUUUAGUCCGCCGAAACUUUUGCAAAUCGCAACACGCGGAUCUGCGAUACGUCGCCAAUUUUCCUCGCUUCUGCAGACGCAGGAAUGUCCCACCCCCUAAGAUUUGCCUUAGAGGGGUUUGCGUAGAGAUCAGAACCAGUGUUAAAUACCUGGGCAUAGUGAUAGACUCAAGGAUGUCGUUCAGGCCCCACUUUGAGGCCGUAAUCCCUAAAGCCGAGGAUAUCCUCCGGUACCUUAGAAGGCUCUUUUCGAACCUUCACGGACAGGGGGAGAGGAAGCAGCGCCUCUACGGCGGCGUGAUCCACUCGGUGCUCUUAUAUGGGGCGCCGGUGUGGUGGUGCGCCGUCAUGGAGGACAUGAGGAUCGGGCGGGCUGUUCGGAGCCUUCAAAGGAAGGUGGCGAUCCGGGUGUGUUGUGCCUAUAGGACGGUCUCCUUCCAUGCGGCUAUGAUGAUUGCGGGGAUUACUCCUCUCGCUCAUUUAGCACCCCAGCUGGCGGAGACGUAUGCGGCUGUUAGGGACACAGAGAAACCUGUUCCCCCGUGUACUAAGGCUGUAUUGGAUGCUCUUGCCAGAAGGAGGGCAAUAGAAGCGUGGAAACUUGGGCUCGUAGAAUCUCCAACAGCAACGGGGGUGGGUGCGAGGGCGGCUAUUGCCGAAUGGUUAGUUGAGUGGAUUAGGAGGCCGUUCUCUAUCGGAACGACCUUUCACUCCACACAGCUGAUGACCGGCCAUGACUGUUUCUCAGCGUACCUAUACAAGAUAAGAAAGAUUCCUUUCCUACGUUGUUUCCACUGCGAGGGGAAUGAGGAUACGGCGGAAUACACCCUGGUAGACUGCCCGGCGUGGAUGCCAGGAAUGAGCUGA